ACCACUGGCCAGUUGCAGUUACGCGUCGAGCUGAGCAAGACAUCAGCAUUAAGCCGGAGCUUUUUGUAGUGUGGCAUGAAGCAACUGUCGAACGCUUGAAUGGCUAUAACGGUUUAGCAGCAGAGAGUGCUGGGUGUGUUAGUGUUAGUGAGUGUGUGUGUGCGCGCCAUACAGCAUACGCGUUUGAGUCAAAGUGUUCUUUUCAGCUGCUGUGUAGUGGUAAGCAGUGCGAUUAAGCAGCAGAAGAAGCAAAGGCAGCGAAAAAAGGUGUAUGGAAAAGCUGAAAAUUUCCAAUUGAGAUUUUUUUUUGUAUUUCGCCAAACACUGUGCUUAGUCUUUUGUAGUAAAAGCAAUUACGCGUGUGAAAAGCAAACGUAACGUAACGCAAUUAAGUGCGAGUGGUUUAAGGAAAAAGGCAAAGAAAAAAUCCAUUUAAAAUUAUGCGACAAUUUCCGGUGCAUGUGAAAACGGUAGCGUCGACGCUCACCAGUGGGUAAAAGCUGAAAGUCAUUGUAUAACCAGCCGCCGCAAAUGUUGGAAAAUAUGCAACAUACAUACACAUAUACAACAGCAACAAACAUACAAUACAUAUGUUUGUGCGGUGAGUGCGACUGACACUACACAUGGUCAGCCAGCAAGUCGGUUAGUGAAAAAUUACCAAAAAAAAAAAAAUAGAAAAAAAUAUUAAAUAUUACUUAGCAGUGGCCGAGUGUGGUGAAAAAGCAAAAAUAUAUAUUAUAAUAUUAUUGAGCUUGUGCAACAAAAUUUAACGCAACAGUAUUGAAAAAAUUAUAUAAAAUAAAUUAAAUAAAAUACUUGUGUGCAAAAGAACACUCGCUUAACUUCUGUGGCAGUCGUUUGCAGCAGCUAUUUGGUAAACAUAUAUAAAAUAAAGCAACGAAAAAAGGAAGAUGAAAAGAGCCGAAAUCAGUUUUUAUUCGAAAGCAAUUUUUUUCCGCAAAACCAAUUAAUGCAGCGAUUGUGAGCGCUCGACGCUGCAGCAACUAAAGCGAGAAUUCAAAGAAGUGAUGAAAACAAAUGCAAUUGCAGUAUAACUGUAAGUACGGAAGCGCAAGAGGAAAGGCCAAUAAAGCGCCAACGAUAAGCAAUACCAACAACAGCAGCAACAAUCCACGAGAGCUGCAGUGAAAAAGUAAUUAAAAACGAACUUUAACCCACAUAACUACAGCACUGGUGUUUAUGCAGCAGCUGCGCCGACCCAGGCGGACCGCCCACACAUACGACCCACAUAUACAUACAUAUGCAGAUACAAGCACAUACACGUGAAAGUGUUUGCUUAAAAGCGAAACAAAUACAACUCGAAACCGAAAAACCAAAAACAAAAAAUAUUAAGCAAACAUUUGAAAAGCGGUGAGUUUGCUUAAAGCGCUAGAAAGCAGGCGCUGGAGGGCGGCUAACGUGCUUAGAAAGCGCCCAUAUAGUGUUUGAAGAAGUCGCUGUAGCAGUUGUUGGUGUGUGUAUUGGUGCGUGCAUUAGUGUGUGUAUGGAACUUGCAGCGUUGCGUUGUGUGUGUAGUAGUGUAGUAGAAGCAGCAGUGAAGCGGCAUAGGCGUAUACAAAAGCCACAACAACAACAAAAGCAACAGCGAAAACUGGAUUACUGUGCAAAACAGUAUCGGCAACAACACGAACAGCAAGUAACGCUAACAAGAUGCAGAAGGAAAAUAAUACGACAGCGGAAAAUUGCCAAUUUGUGGGGCCAUAUCGUCUGGAGAAGACGCUGGGCAAGGGACAGACGGGCUUGGUUAAGUUGGGCGUACACUGUGUGCUCGGUCGUAAGGUGGCCAUUAAAAUAAUCAAUCGCGAGAAGCUCAGCGAAUCGGUGUUAAUGAAGGUGGAACGUGAAAUUGCUAUUAUGAAAUUGAUUGAUCAUCCACAUGUCUUGGGCUUGAGCGAUGUCUAUGAAAACAAAAAAUAUUUAUAUCUAAUAUUAGAGCAUGUUUCUGGUGGUGAAUUGUUCGAUUAUUUGGUGAAAAAGGGACGACUGACGCCGAAGGAGGCGCGUAAAUUUUUCCGUCAAAUAAUAUCAGCUUUGGAUUUUUGUCACUCACAUUCGAUAUGUCAUCGAGAUUUGAAACCCGAAAAUUUGCUGCUGGACGAAAAGAACAACAUCAAAAUUGCCGACUUCGGUAUGGCUUCACUGCAACCGGCCGGUUCUAUGCUGGAAACCUCAUGUGGAUCGCCGCAUUAUGCAUGUCCCGAGGUCAUAAGGGGUGAAAAAUACGAUGGACGCAGAGCGGAUGUUUGGUCCUGUGGCGUUAUCCUGUAUGCGCUAUUGGUGGGCGCAUUGCCCUUCGAUGACGACAACCUACGCCAGCUGCUGGAGAAAGUGAAGCGUGGCGUGUUUCACAUACCGCACUUUGUGCCGCCCGACUGUCAGAGUUUAUUGCGCGGCAUGAUUGAGGUGAAUCCGGAUCGACGACUGACGUUGUCGGAAAUAAAUCGCCAUCCAUGGGUCACGGCUGGUGGCAAAGGUGAAUUGGAAUUGGAACUGCCAAUGAUGGAGGUGGUGCAAACGCAUGUCAUACCGUCCGCCUCAGCGGUGGAUCCGGAUGUUUUAAAUGCGAUUUGCUCGCUGGGUUGCUUCAAGGAAAAGGAUAAACUCAUACAAGAGCUAUUGAGUUCGAAUCACAACACAGAGAAAGUUAUAUAUUUUCUACUCUUGGAUCGUAAACGAAGGCGCCCUGCCUUGGAGGACGAUGAUGAAAUCGCUCAAAAAUCACGUAGUGAAUUAGAUGCAGUGGAUCCGCCCAGAAAACGACUCGAUACCUGUCGUAUAAAUGGCACGAAUUCGCCCAGCUAUGGACAGAUAUCAGAAGGUUCACCACUAACGCCAAGACGGCAAGCUUUCAACUUCCGGUCCUACAGCAGUUCGCGCAAUCACCAGCGUCGCUCGCCCACUACGGUUUCCUCUGUGCGUUCCUCGUCAUAUCACAGUCCCACACGCUGCAAUUCGCCCAUCAAUUCGGCGCAACAACAAGUGAAUGCCAUCUCACGUCCAUCCUCGCCAGCGGCCACAUCCGCCGGACACUCGUCCCGUCACUCUACCUAUUCGAGUGAAUGCCGCGAGCGUUCCGGCUCGGCACACCAUCAUCCGUCUGUAAGUCGCACGCCUUCACAUUCUUCGCAAAGCGGUGUGGAGGGUAUUAUUGGCGGUGGCAGUGGUGGUGAUAGAGGUGGCGUUGGUGGUGGUAGCAGCGGUGGCAGCAGUGAUAUUGUUGCAGUGCGUGAAGCACGCGAAGCGCGCGAACGUCGAGACUCACGCAGUGAACGCCAGGCGGCGCUGCAGGCGAGCUGUGGCGGUGUGCCCGGUAGUCCCGGUGGUGGCAGCAGUAGUGGUAGCGGCUCAACCGUGCAUCAUCGUGCCAAUUCGGGACCGACUAUAGCGAUUAGCAUGUUCCACGAUCCGGAAGCGAAUAGCGUUAUGAAUCCUACAACAUCACCGCUAAUGAACAACAGUUCACCAGUGAUGCCCGGUUCACCAUGCAAUGCGCCCGGUGGCCAACUGUGGAAGACGCGUCUUACAAAUAUUAAAAAUAGUUUUCUGGGUAGCCCACGCUUUCAUCGAAGAAAGCUACAAGUUUCAGCGGACGAGGUGCAUUUGACGCCCGAAUCAUCGCCCGAGUUGACAAAACGUUCGUGGUUUGGCAAUCUAAUAACCACAGAGAAGGACGAAACGUUUACAAUUUUAGUAAAAGGCAAGCCAAUAGCGACUGUGAAGGCACAUCUGAUACAUGCCUUUUUGUCGAUGGCAGAGCUUUCGCAUAGCGUAGUCUCACCCACAUCCUUCCGUGUAGAAUACAAACGCAAUGGCAAUGGACCGGUCAUGUUUCAGCGGCAUGUCAAGUUCCAGGUGGAUAUAAGCGCAAUUUGUAAACAAGGAGAUAUCUCGGAUAUGCUGUUUGCACUGACAUUCACUUUGUUAUCAGGCAAUAUACGCCGUUUCCGUCGCAUCUGUGAGCACAUACAAUCACAAGUGUGUUCCAAACGUUUCCCCGGACCGAGUAGUCCACCCACAGUGGCGACCGUUACGCAAGCCGUUUCGGAGAGCUCAUCAUGUGGUUCGGUCUCAAGCGAACGUUUGUCCUAUAAACGUCAACAAAUUGAGAAUGAAAUUGAGAAUGACUCAAUAUUUGUUUUCAAAUCGGGCAAUGGCCGUCGUGCAUCGACAACAAAUAAUAACAAUGCACCACCGGCGGAUAUUGUGCCCGCAAGUCCAAUAGCCGUGCGCUCAAAUUCCGAAACCGAGCAGCACGAACGCAAUCGUGAAUUGCAGAGUGAUCGUCAGGCGACAACAAUGUCAGGGAGUGCAAUAGCAUGAGAAUUAUUUCUCUGAUUUAGUUACAUUUUUAUAUAAAAGUAAUUUUUUUCCAAAACUAACAAAUAAACUAAUACAAGAAGAAGAAACAAGAAAAUACACAAAAAAUAUAUCGAACUACUGUCUUACAAUUACGAGUUAUACUUAACAAUAGUAACAUAGCAAAUUAAACAAAUUAAUAAACAAUAAAUAAGGUUAAAAAAUUAUGUAAGAAGUACUAAGAAUUUGCUAAGUAUUGAUUAAAUUUUUGUUGUAAAAAACUGUGCUUGAAAGGAAAUUAUGUUGCUGGUAAACCGAUAACUACUGAGUUAUUAUGUGCUUUAAAGCUUUUGGAGCUUUCAGAAUUAUAUGUACGCAUGCUUAAAAACUUUUGAGCUCACAUUUGUAUAUAGUAUGUUUCAAAUAGAUUUGUUAAGAUGAGUUAUUAAAUUUUCAAAAGUUUCAGAUGUUAUAAAAAAGCUUUCACAUAUAAAAGCUUUUAAUAAAAUUUCAAUUUUGUAUGUUUGUAUAUGUAUUUUCAACCAUAUAGAAGAAUUUUAAGUAAAGUUCGUUGCGUUUUUAAAGAUUUUGAAAAAGCUUUCACUCUUCAGGUGUUAUAAAAAGCUUUCGCCUAUAAAUCCUUUUAAAUAAAUUAAAAUUUUUUACACUUUUUUAAAUCGUAUUUUACAUAAAGUACAAUAGAAUUUUAAGUAAAGUUCGUUACGCUUAAGGUGUUUUGUACUUUCAUUAUUCACUUCAGGUGUUAUAAGAAACUUUCACAUAAUUAAAUUGAAAUUGUGUAUAGUUUCUUUAACCGUUAUUUACAAAAUAAAAAUAAGUUUAACCAAAAGUUUAUUCAAAGCUUUACUUGAUAUUUAAAAAAAGACAGUAAUUGUUUUUAAAGUUUUAGGUUACUGGGGAAGAAAGCUCCUACAUCUUUCAUACUUUUCAAAGCUUUAUUUAAACACAAUGAAUAAAGUUGAAAUUAAAUCUUUUAAAAGGUUUGUGUGACUUGAAAAAAGAACAUAAGUAAAAGCUCGAUCGGAGUUUUCACUAAAAGCUUUUUCAACGCUUUAAUUAUUGGCAAGAGAAAGAUAUUUUUCAAUAUUUUCAAAAAUUUUGUGUGAAUCGAAAAAAAAUUUAUAAAAAAAAAGCUCCGAAGUAAGAAAAAAUAAACUUUUCAACAAAAUUUUAUUCAAAGCUUUAAUCGCUAUUAAAAGAAAGGCAAUAUAAAUAUAUUUUUUAAUUUUAGAUAAUAAAAGCUCCUUCGGUUUUCCAGCUUUUCAAAGCUUUGCUCACACAACACAAUAAAUAUAAAAGUUUUUUCGACUCGAAAAUAAGAGCAUAACAAAAGCAAAAAAUAAAUAAGCUUUCAUCAAAAGCUUAUUCAAAGCUUUUCUUGAUAUUAAAAAAAAUACAGCAAUUUUUUUUAGGUUUUAGAAAAUUCAAAAAAAAAAAGCUCCUUCACCUUUCAAGCGAUUCGAACUUUUCAAAGCUUUACUCAAACACAGUACUUCCAAUAAUUUAUUUAUGGUUUCUGUCAUACCGUACGUACAUACAAGCAAACAUUGUUGCCGCCGAGCCGAAAAUUUUCGCUAUAACGUAUUUGAAGAGAACUCAAAGCAAAUUGCGUAAGAAAAUCAUUAACUGUUGUAAAAAUUUGUAGCUUAUUAUGCAAUAAGAAAAAGAUAAAAGAGAAACUAAGAAAAAGCAAAACCGUUCAAAGAAUUGCAAAGAAAAAUUGAUAUUUUGUAGAAGUUAGUUGAAACAAGAAACUUGAUUAAAGCGUAGAAAUAGUUACAGCAAGGACACUUCAAAGUAGUUACACUCACAAACGAAAGUAUGUACUUAAAUACAGCAACACAUAGUAUUACAAAAAUAAAAUUGAGAUGAAAAUAAAUUAAGUAAAACCAAAACCAAUAUAGUUAUUCAAAAUAAACGCAGGCAGGUGAAUAAUAAAACUAUUGUUGAUGAAAGUAUAAGUGAGAAUGUGAAGCUUUUUUGGAUAAAAGCACAGUAGCUCUUGAAUUACUUUGAAAUAAGCACUUACUUAACUAACAGUUCAUUUUUAAUUUGCGUCCUUGUGCUCAUUUUUGCAUACGAAUUUUGUAUUGAUAAUAUUUCCAAAAACUUUCACAAACCUAAAUAAAAAUUGCAAAAUCUCUGCAGAGCUUUUAGUGGUGGGAAAAUUUCGUUAGUUCAAAAUUUUUCAUUCCGAGUUUGCCGUAUGGACUUGUGCAACUAAAAUAUUGUAUUGUAUGUAUAUUAUUACGACAAACUAUUGUGGUACAAUGUUUAGCUUUUUACAAAAUAAAUUUAAAUACCGCCUAAGCAUAUAUGUAUUUGUAAAUUGUACUAUAAAUAAUACCAAAAAUAAAAAUAUGAAUUGUAUGGCAACUGUUAGCUAUAUUAAUGCGUUUAGAGUCUAUUUUUUAUUUUUUCUUAAAGAAAUUGGUCUCCAGAUUGGUACAUAUUGUAGAUUACCUAAUUAAAGAGCGCAUAAUUCAGCUGAGUAUUUAACAAAAUUGGUAGAAUAGACUUAAAUUCGUUUUCCUUUAAUUAUUUUAUUUGAAAAAUGGUUUAGCAAUUUUUAUAAUGGGUUUUCCUAGGUUCAAAAAUGGUUAUUACUUUUCCGAAAUUGGAACAGUCUCUUAUUCAUAUUAACUGCUUUCUCGAAAUAAAAUAAAACAGUUUUAACUAAGCUUCUCUUGAGGUUUUUUGAGGUGCGAUCUGUACUAAGUAAAAGUUACUGGGAUCCUCUAAAUUACCCUAUAGAUAACAACACAACCAUAAAUUUAUUUAUGGAAAUAAUACGUCAUCACCUUGAUGGAAUAAACAGUGCUUGAGCGAGAAAAAAAAGUAUAUUUUUUGUAUAAAUGGGAUUGAUAUAUUUUUAGUAAUUAAAAAACACAAAGUCUCCUCACAUUAUUUUUAACACCUUCACUAAGCAAAAUGUUAAAAAGGACAUGUCAUGACAUACAUUGGCUGGGAAUGGUUUAUCGGUUCGAUUAAGAGAUCUACUAAAAGCCAGAACCUUAACUGUUGUUUAUAUAAAUAUACUUUCAAUAUUGACAAUUAUUUAUAUAAAAUAAUGCAUACUUUCAAUAAAUUUAAAUGUUUUCGAAUAUUUUUAACUCUAAACUCAGCGCUGCUAAAAAGAACUCCCAAAAUUAUCAAAAAAAAAACACAAAAAACCGUCCAAAUGCAUAAGAGAAAAACAAUAAUUGAUUAUCAGACUUAUCUAUUGCAAAUAUUUUUUUACACUUCAGUACUAACGAAUUUCCGCUUGCAAUUAAGAAUGGCAAACCAGCGAAAAUAAAACGAAAUACAAAUAGUAGAGGCGUGAACAAAACAAAUGUAAAAUCUUACAAGUAGAGCACAUAAAGAGUGCAUAGAAAUAUCACAAAAGAGCAAAAGUUGAAACACAUAAAAUUUAAUUAGAAACACGCCAUAAAAUAAUGGCGAAUACGGAUGCCAAUGCAACAGUGUGAGGUGCAAGCAAGCAAAAUUCUUUGACGCCGAGUGUAAACGUAUCGAUAAUGUGCUUGCGAAAAUUAUGAAAUUUAAAAUAAACAAUCAUAAGUAAUUACUACAAAUAAAAUAUUUCAAUUGCAAGUACGAGUACUAAGAUAAAUUGUCAAUACUGAAGUAAAAAAUUACUUACAUAACAGUUAUUUAUGAAAAAUAAUAAACAAAAUAUUAUGUAAAAACUAUUGGGUGAGCGAUUAUGGCAAUAUAUGUAAAGAAGAAGCAAAUGUUAAUAAAUAAUGCAGCAAAUGUUGAGCAGUGUCCAUAAAAAUAUUGUAAGAACCUUCCGAUAAUUGCAGAGUAAAGAAAAUGCUCGCAAAAAGUGUUGGUUUUUCCUUAAUUAUUUAAAAAUUAAAGUUUCUAUUUAUAUGUCAAAACUAUGGCAAAGAUCUCUAAAAUAUGACACACCUUUGCAUAAUAUACAUACAUAUAUUUUUCCUAACCUAAAUAAUUUAUACAUUUUAACAUUGCUUUUAACAGUUUAAAGAAUUUCAAGUGAUUUUGUAUUUUCAACGAUUUAUUCUUAAUUUUGCUAAAAUUUCCGAAAUUUUUUUUUAUAUUUUAUAGUCAAAGUUUUCGAAAUCUUUGUAUAUACAUAUAGCUGUAGCAAAUUUAUAACGCAGCAGUGCAAACAAAUUUAACAAAACUUCUUUUUUGGCUUAGAUGACCACGGUAACUAGAGAACCCCUCGUUAGAUUUGUAUGAAAUUUAAACAAUUUAUUGUUUACAUUAAUGUUAUUGUUUACAUGAAAGUUCGUAACUUUUCUCCAAAAUUUUAAUGUACCUUAACGGUUUCUGAAACGUUUGCAUACCAAAAUUCUAGAAAAACAAAAUUAUAUCACUGUUUUGCCACAAAUUUUGAUGAAACUACUAUUUUGGAGGAACUGACUAUAGCAACUCGAGAACCUCUCGUUGAAUUUGUAUAAAAUUCUAACAAAUUUAUUGCAUAUUUUUUUUUUUGUUAUUGUCCGCAAGAACGUUCAAAAUUUUUCUGCAAGAUCUAUAUGUACAUUAACAGUUUCUGAAACGUUGACAUACAUAUGCUAACAUUCCUGAAAAACAAAAUUAUAUUACUGUGUUGCAACAAAUUUAGAAGAAACUACUUCUUUGGUGUAGUUGACUAUAGCAACUCGAGAACCCCUCGUUGGAUUUGUAUGAAAUUCAAGCAUUUUAUUGCCUACAUUAUUGUUAUUGAAUAAAUGAAAGUUUGAAAUUUUUUACCGAAAUUAGAAUGUACAUUAACAGUUACUGAUACUUUUGCAUAUGCUUAAAUUUCUGAAAAACCAAAUUACAUCACUGUUUUGCAACAAAUUUUGAUGAAACUACUUCUUUGGUGUAGUUGACUAUAGCAACUCUGGAACCCCUCGUUGGAUUUUUAAAAAAUUUAAGAUAUUUAUUGUAUAUAUACAUUAUCGUUAUUAAUUGCACAGAAGUUCGUUGUUUUCGUGCGCAGCAUAUACUUACUGGACUACAAAUAAUAUUUGGCGUUAUAUUCAGUUUUAGAACUUUAUAAAGCAUUUUUUUUUAAAGAAAUUUUAUAUAUAUUUUCAUAUUUUUUUAUAUAUUUUUUCGCAAAGAUAAGCAAAAAACGCAAUAACAAUAAACUCACCGAGCAAUUAAGGCAUUAAAACAUACAAAAACAUAAUAAACGGAUAGUCGAGUCAUAGCAACAUACAUAUGUAUAUCACAAAAGAGCUCAUAUAUUUACUCGUAAAUAUUUAAUUUGCAUAAAUCAUUCAUACUCAUACAUACAUAUAUGCAUUUAGUGUUCAUAUACAUACAAAAAAUUGCAUACAUAUACAAAUGCGUACAAAUAUAUUCACGUAUACACGCAAACAGCAAACAGUUAUGCAUAAAAUGAAGUAAAAUUGUAUAAAUUAUUUAUUUACAUGUGUGCAGCUGGCAUUCUAUUGUUAAAAUACACUCACCCUUAUAUAGAAAUAUUUGCAUUAUAAAAUUUGUGUACAUACAUAUAUAAUAAAUACAUAUGCGCGCAUUGGUCCAUUAAAUAUUUACAGAAUUAGCAAAAAAAAGUUGCAGAUCUGUCAGAUCUGCGCUUAAAUGUGUAUUGUGAAUGAAAGCGCAAGUUUGUAGCGAAUGUCUUGUAGUGUAAAAAAUCGAAAACAAACAUGAAAAAAUUCAGCUAAAUUGUACAGUAUUAACGCGUAAGCAUAGUUUAAAUCAUACAACAUACAUACACGCUAUGUUUAGAAAUACUAGUUAUUAUUGAGAAAUUGCAAAUUUUGGUGAAUAUGCUUCAUACCCAGAUUCGGCAACUUAUUUUGGUAUACGUGUAAUUUUGAAAACGACGCCAGUAAACAAUUAUACAUAACCACAUAUUUGCAUACAAACAUACAAAAUAUUCUUCAAAUUUAAAUGUAUUAUAUAAAUAAAUAAUAUAUAUGCUUUCAUGCAAAACAGAAAUUAAAACGAAAAUGCCUCUACUAAUAUUUGGUUAAUGCGAAAAUUGCCACCAAAAGCUUGUAUUAAAGCGACCAAAUUCCACUAACUCUCUCACCGCAUUCUAAACACUCCCCCAAAAAGAACCACAUCUUAUGCUUUAUACCAAAAAUUAAACAUCUAAUGCAUAUAUUAUAUAACAAACCAAUCGUACAACUAAUAAAAAUUGUAAAACAUACCGUAGAUAAUAUAUUUAAUUAUACACACACAAGCAUAACCAUAUACAUAUGUGCAUUCAUACAUAUACAAGCGAGAAUCAUGCAUACAAUUAAAAAACAAAAAAAAAUAAUAAUUAAUUAAAGCAAAUAGCGAAAUCUCAGCAUUGCCAUUUACUCAUUAUCAUCGUCAUCAUCAUCAUCAUCAUCUACGCUAAUGUCAUUGUCAUUGUCAAUCAUUAUACACAAUCAUUAUUAUCAGCAUAAUCAAGCAUUGCAUUGUUAUAGCUUAUCCGAAACCUCUAGUCUAGACUCAUAUAAUUAUUACAUACACAUAUAUAUAUAUAUUUAUAAAUUCAAAUUGUACUAAUUGUUAUCGCUUGCUAGUCUACAAAAAUUUACAAACUAAUUGAAACGCUUUGCUUUGGUGCGGUGCAGUGCGGCUUGAAAGCAUGUGAUGGCAGAAGGCAGGAAGAAGUUCGGCGUUUUGGUUGCUUAGCCUAUACUCAUACCUACAUAUAUGAUAGCACAGCAAUGGACUGAAAGUGUUUAAAAUAAUAUAAGCGGAAAUAGAAUUUGAUUGCUAAGCCUUCAUGGCACUUUAAAACUUGCCACUUUACUCAAGGAACACUCCAGGUACUCCUAAGUAUUGAACGAAGGACACUAAAAAAUCAACAAAGCGCUUGUCUAAAAUUGUUUGAGCUCAGCCGCCUCAAACGGCCAAGUUCGGCGGAAAACAACUGUGAAGAUGUUUCAGCAUAAGACUUGGCAAAGCUAGGCAAUAGAGCAAUUAGUGAAUGGAUAUUUUCAGAUCACGUUUCUACAUUCAACUUUGACAGUAAAUUUUCGAACAAAAUCCCUACUCUGCAAAACGCCACACCUUCAGCAGACUCGCCCACUAUAUAAAUAUUACUUUGCUUUCUUUAUAUUUUACAACUUUAAUUUUACUAUGUAGGUAUCUUACAAAAA